AUGAAAAACAAAAAGAAGAAGAAUGCAAAAAAGUCAAGAAGAGUUAAAAGUCAAAAUAGCAACAAAAUAGUGAGUCAAACAUGUACUGCAGAUGAAGCAUGUUUGACCAAUGUAUCAAAAUACAUGAAUAUUGUUGGCAACAAGAUUAAGAAUUUCAAUCAGCAGAAGGCAAGAAUUGAAAGGUUUGUCAAACUUUCGCAAAGUAAGGGCGAUAAGAAAGGUGAUUUUCUUCCACUUCUUGUCAAGCUUAAAGAGUCAGGAGGUGGAAAUGCCAGUGCACUCGUUUGUUCUGGAAACAGUACCUCGCCAGCAACUUUAAGAUUACAAGCUAUUGUUGCCAGCUUAACCAGCUGCCAAGACAAUAUCAAGCAAGCUUGUGAGACAGCUCUACCUACUGUAAAUGCUACUCUUCUGGAUAUAUGUGCUACAGAUGCAAAAGCUUUCUCAGACGCUGUGGAUAUUUGUGCACAAAAAACUGCUGACAUCUGCACAUGCUGGAAAGACCCAAAUCUGGAGACUCUCAACACUAAGUUUAGUCCAUGUAACAUUGCACAACUAAAUGCAGAUGUUACAAAAACACAAAAAAGUUGUGUUGCUGCCUUUUCUGAAUGUAGAGGACUUCAAGAUGAGGCAUCUCAAGUAAUUUUCAACUGUACAAAAUCCCCCGCAGACGUUAAGAAGAAAAUAGAUGCAGCUACAGCUACCUUGGAGGCUCUUGAAAAAUUGAAGACAGCUGCCACGGCAAUUGCUAAUCAAGCAAGAAAAACCAGAGAUAUCCAAAGCAUUGGUAACAGAGCUGUUACUUGCACCGUUUACAUCGAAACAUUUGAAACAGUUGUUAACAAUGCUGGUGACAAUCCAACAUCAAGUUCUGCCAGUUCUGCAGUAAACGCUCUUGCUGUUGAAACAGUAACUGUUAGUUGCACAGCAACAGAAAAAACAAGCCUAAGAGCUUUGUUGACUAUUCUGGAUCAAAUCAUUCUUCUAGUGAAACAGCUAAUAGCGACACUUCAAGCUGAUUAUGCAGCUUUUUCUGAAAACCCCACUACCUCUACACCAGUGACAACAACAACAACAGUCACUACAACAAAGACCACCACAAAAACAUCAUCAACAACAACAACAACAGUCACUACAACAAAGACCACCACAAAAACAUCAUCAACAACAACAACAACAACAGCCACCACAUCAAGAGCCACCACAACAACAACUGCUGCACAAGUCAAAUGUGGUGUAAAGAAGGCUGGCACAAAAAUUGUGGGAGGCAUAGAAACACAGGUGAAUGAGUACCCUUGGAUGGUUAUGAUGGCUAAUCCUCAGGGAAGUUACUACGGAUGUGGAGGUACCCUAGUUUCAGAAGAGUGGGUUGUAACUGCUUCUCAUUGUAUUUUUACAGAUGGACCUAACCAGGACCAAGCAAUCACACCAAGCCAAAUAUCUGUUGUUCUUGGAGAGCAUGAUCGAAUCUCAACUACAGAAACACAGAUCAGGAAGCAGUUUUUUGUUGAGAAGAUUAUUACACAUCCAGGAUAUGUUCGGGCUACAUUUAAAGAUGACAUUGCUCUUCUUAAGCUCAGUACAAAGGCUGAUCUGAAUAUUUAUACUCCAGCAUGUUUACCACCUACUGGGACAUCGUUUGUUGGGAAAACUGGAACAGUUUAUGGUUGGGGUACAACAUCGUUUGGUGGACAGAUUUCUAACAAGCUAUUGGAAGUUAACCAAGAUGUUGUCAGCAUUGCUACUUGUAAAACUGUUUUUGAUAAUUCGAUUCUUGAUGGUAUGCUGUGUGCAGGAGGAGUACUAGGAAAGGAUUCUUGUCAAGGAGACAGUGGAGGUCCAUUCACAGUUCCUGAUGCAACCAACAUUCAUUCAUUGGCAGGAGUUGUCAGUUGGGGUGAUGGUUGUGCAAAGGCUGGUAGUUAUGGAAUAUAUGCUGAUGUGGCUUACUACAAUGCCUGGCUUCAAGAACAGUUUGCUGCUAACGUGACAACAAUAACAGCAGUCACUACAACAAAGACCACAACAAAAACAUCAUCAACAACAACAACAACAGCCACCACAACAACUGCUGCACAAGUCAAAUGUGGUGUAAAGAAGGCUGGCACAAAAAUUGUGGGAGGCGUAGAAACACAGGUGAAUGAGUACCCUUGGAUGGUUAUGAUGGCUAAUCCUCAGGGAAGUUACUACGGAUGCGGAGCUACCCUAGUUUCAGCAGAGUGGGUUGUAACUGCUUCUCAUUGUAUUUUUACAGAUGGACCAAACCAGGACCAAGCAAUCACACCAAGCCAAAUAUCUGUUGUUCUUGGAGAGCAUGAUCGAAUCUCAACUACAGAAACACAGAUCAGGAAGCAGUUUUCUGUUGAGAAGAUUAUUACACAUCCAGGAUAUGUUCCGGGUAAACAAAAAGAUGACAUUGCUCUUCUCAAGCUCAGUACAAAGGCUGAUCUGAAGAUUUAUACUCCAGCAUGUUUACCACCUACUGGGACAUCUUUUGUUGGGAAGACUGGAACAGUUUAUGGUUGGGGUACAACAUCGUCUGGUGGACAGGUCUCUAACAAGCUAUUGGAAGUUAACCAAGAUGUUGUCAGCAUUGCUACUUGUAAAACUGUUUUUGAUAAUUCGAUUCUUGAUGGUAUGCUGUGUGCAGGAGGAGUAGCAGGAAAGGAUUCUUGUCAAGGAGACAGUGGAGGUCCAUUCACAGUUCCUGAUGCAACCAACAUUCAUUCAUUGGCAGGAGUUGUCAGUUGGGGUGAUGGUUGUGCACAGGCUGGUAAGUAUGCAGUAUAUGCUGAUGUGGCGUACUACCGUGAAUGGUUUGCUGAAAACGGUGGAAUGACACUCACCCUCUAAUCAUAUUUGCCUCGU